AGUUCUUUUGGACAAAUGGAGUUUAAUCAGUUGUGCACGUGCCCCACCUGCCUGUGGUAGCGCCCGUUGGACGGACACGGAGUUCAGGAGGGCAGGACAGGCCACCCUCCCCGAAGGCCUCCGUCGCGACCUGGUGCGAGGGGCUACGCAAAUUUACCUCGAAGAAAAUCACGGUGGUGGUGCUCAUUUGUCGUCGUCGUGGGUGGAAAAAUCAUCCAGCAAUUCCGGAUAUAUUCAUCGCAUUUCCUUGGUCGCCGCAGGAGAAGAUUGAGCAAGUAAUGCAAAUUCGCAGGGAAGGAAAUUAACUAAAUUAUGCCUUUCAAGUAUAUUCAGAGAAGAGUUAGCGGACCAGGCGCUUAUGGAACAAUUCAUAUUGACAAUACCCAGGAAAAUACAGAGACAUCACACUUGAAUCAAAACCAAUUUCGCCAGUCUUCGGUAAGCGUUGGAUGUAGUAACAUAUCUAGUAGUGAACAGUUUGGUGAGAAGAGCGGUGCUGGAUCGAAGAGCUGCGAUACGCUGAUAUGUGGUGGCGCAUCGUCGGGACCGGUACCAAUAACAUUGGCACAAUUUGGGAACUCAACAACAAAUGGUACAACAACGCUUUGCAAUGGGCAACACACAUCAAUUAAUGCAAAUCAAUCAACGAAUAUAUCUCAGAAAGCAAACUCACGUUAUUCCACCUUGCCAAAAAUUGGGACAGUUGCAAGUGGUGGUAGUACAUUGAAUGUGAGACCAAGAUUGAAUAGUAGUGAUUCGCCUAAAUUGAGCAGCAGCUGCAGUCGGAGCAAUAGUAAUCGCGAGACGAGAGAAUACUACAACAGUGCCCUGGACGCGACCAAUUCACAAGCAUCAUCCACGACGACGACAAUCCGCAGUUCCACGCCGCCGCCACCGCCUUACGCCACCGUCAUCGCGAGCACCACCGCCUCUCCUGCGGCCGCGCGAUCCGCCACCAAUAAUAACACACCCACGACAACAAGAAGUGAUAUCUGUAGCAAUAACAAUCCAGCAAGUAGUGCAAAUUCCCAGCAACAGGGAAGCAGUAGCAGUAGUAGCAACAACAGCUGUGGUGUCAAGAGUAGCAGUAAAGCUGUGAGCGAUCCAUGUGGAAAUCGCAAUAUCGACUUCAAUCGGCAGAUCAGUGCACCAAUUGAGAACAGAUCGAGUUCCAGUUCUGUGAAUAAUAUUAAUCCUAGCCAAGUGAAUUACUUUCCAUCGUCAAUCAUUAGUUCAUCCUACACGAAUAGUUUGACGCGCAACAAGAAACACAGGAGUUUAAAAUUGACUGGCAGAUUAUUUAGUGCAGCUAGUUCCGAUUCAAUACGAUUCAACUCUAAUUUAUCUAGUCAAAAUGAUAACGACUUGCGGAUAUCAGUAGAUAAUACGUGUACAGAUUCUUUAGUUACUGCUCUAGAUGAUGAAGCCUUACUAUUAACGGAAUUUAACGAAAUGGCAAAAUCAAAGGUUCAUUUCGACGAUGUCUCUCUCUACGGCACGCCGAAGGAGGAACCACUACCGACUAUACCGGUGGUGCCGGAGAAGACGUCAUCGAAUUUCAUCAAGAACCAACUGCAGUCAUGGUUUCAGCCUACAGACAACCGUUUAGCUAUGAAAUUAUUCGGUAGCAAGAAAGCCUUAGUUAAAGAGAGAAUUAGACAAAAAUCAGCCGGUCACUGGGUAAUCCAUCCAUGUAGCUCAUUUCGAUUCUACUGGGACUUAUGUAUGUUGUUGCUACUCGUUGCGAAUUUGAUAAUUUUGCCUGUUGCCAUAUCUUUUUUCAAUGAUGACCUUAGCACUAGGUGGAUUGCUUUUAAUUGUCUAAGUGACACCAUAUUUUUGAUAGAUAUUGUUGUCAACUUCAGAACAGGUAUAAUGCAGCAAGAUAAUGCGGAGCAAGUGAUAUUAGAUCCUAAGAUUAUAGCGAAACACUACCUUAAGACAUGGUUUUUUCUGGAUUUGAUUUCGUCUAUACCACUCGACUACAUUUUUCUCAUCUUCAAUCAGUACAUAGCCUCAUCGGAUUUCUCGGAAUCAUUUCAAAUUUUGCAUGCCGGAAGAGCACUACGAAUUCUUCGAUUAGCCAAACUUUUAUCAUUAGUCCGUCUUUUGCGAUUGUCUCGCCUCGUUCGGUACGUGUCGCAAUGGGAGGAAGUUUAUAUUCUGCAAAAUCUUCAAAAAAAGCGCGCAGAUCGAAGAGGACGAUUAGUCAAAAAAGAAAAGGGCUUUUCGAAAAGCAAUCUUGUGCUGAAGUUCCUUAACAUGGCCUCGGUGUUUAUGCGAAUCUUCAAUUUGAUUUGCAUGAUGCUCCUUAUUGGACACUGGAGUGGAUGUUUGCAAUUUCUGGUGCCAAUGCUCCAGGGAUUUCCCUCAAACUCAUGGGUGGCAAUUAAUGAAUUGCAGGAAGCAUAUUGGUUAGAACAAUACUCAUGGGCGUUGUUUAAGGCAAUGUCCCACAUGCUAUGUAUCGGUUACGGCAGAUUUCCACCACAAUCAUUAACUGAUAUGUGGCUAACUAUGUUAUCCAUGAUAUCAGGAGCUACGUGCUAUGCAUUAUUUCUCGGACAUGCCACAAAUCUUAUUCAAAGUUUGGAUUCUAGUAGAAGACAAUAUCGUGAAAAGGUUAAACAAGUUGAAGAGUACAUGGCAUACAGAAAGUUGCCAAGAGACAUGAGACAGCGAAUAACAGAGUACUUUGAGCAUCGUUACCAAGGCAAAUUCUUUGAUGAAGAAUUGAUCCUUGGGGAAUUAAGUGAAAAGUUGAGGGAAGACGUUAUCAAUUACAAUUGCAGAUCUUUGGUUGCUUCAGUGCCUUUUUUCGCUAAUGCUGAUGCAAAUUUCGUAUCAGACGUUGUAACAAAGUUAAAGUACGAAGUAUUCCAACCAGGUGAUAUUAUCAUUAAAGAAGGUACAAUCGGAACGAAAAUGUACUUCAUCCAGGAAGGUGUUGUCGACAUUGUCAUGGCGAACGGUGAAGUGGCAACUUCUCUGUCGGAUGGAUCAUACUUUGGCGAGAUUUGCCUGCUGACAAAUGCAAGGCGAGUGGCGAGUGUCCGUGCAGAAACGUACUGCAAUUUAUUUUCACUAAGUGUAGAUCAUUUCAAUUGUGUUCUCGACCAAUAUCCUCUUAUGAGAAAGACGAUGGAAACGGUGGCAGCGGAAAGAUUAAACAAAAUCGGAAAGAAUCCGAACAUAAUGGCGCAGCGUGAUGAACCGAAUAGCUUAAAUACAGAAUCAAAAACAAUUAGUGCAGUUGUGAAUGCUUUAGCAGCAGAAGCGGAACAUGUAAAUAAUAUGAGCGAUGAUAUGGCACAAAAUAGUGGAUCAGAGCAGAGUCUCCAAAAUCUCAGUGAGAACCUGAAACUUAGCUUACCGAGGCCAAAAAGUGACGAAUUCAGAUCAUUAUUCGGAGGCAGUAGUCCGUAGUUUCAUUUCUUAGGUGAUAUUGCUACAAUAAUUUUAGUGACUAAUAUUGUUUAAGGAUUAAGUUCAGACAUAGAGAGAGACAUCAAAAGAGGACCUGCAGCAAAAAUAGAAACAUUGAAAAAGUGAGAGAGAGAGAGAGAGCGUAAGAAAUUCUAGAGAAACUCGUAAACGUGCGGUUAUAAUGAUAUCAAGUAUAACUUGAAUGAUAUUUAGUUUAAUUUACAUUAAUUUUCUUCAGAAAAAUAAUCAAACUCAAGCAGUAGAUUCGCACAUUAUUUCAUUAGGGAGUGUUUAUUGAGCCAUCUUUUAUUGAGAAAGUGAGGAUGUAUUUUUAGAUGUAUAAUUUAUCUGUGUAUAUGCAAAGAAAAAAAAGAAACUUUACAUGACAAAAACUACAAAAGAUGUUAGAAAAAAAAGGUGAGACCUAAGAAUAUUUUCAACAAUUUCCUAUAAAGAAUAUUUUAUAGAAUUUUUCAGAGUCAUUAAAGAUAUCUAAUUUUUGAUAUAAAAUUGAAUUUUGUUGGCUUUCCAUAAAAUUUUCAUGCAAUCAAGUGUGAAAAAUGUGACAAUUGUCACUAAAAGGAAGAUUUUUUUAUUAGCAAUUUCUCUCUCAAACAAUAUGCCAAGAAAAUGUAGUGAAUUAUUGUGAAAUUUCCUUUUAUUGAGUGCGAAUUACUAAUAUCUAAGGGCUUAGUCGAGGUAAAAAAAAGCGUAUCCUGCGUAUUAACAGUGAUUCAGUAAUUUUUGAAAUAGGCUUUGCAGGAGUGAAGGCGAAAAUUAAUAUUUCAUACGCAUAAAUCUCAUAAAUCCCGCUAUACAUUAUAUAUUUUGGGGAUGUAGUUGGAUAUGUUAGGUACAUUUCCACAAAAUCCAUAUCGAUUUAAAUUUGCAAUAUGAAAGUUUCAGCAUGAAUUUGCAUUGAAAAAAAUUUUUAAAUAUUGAAUAAAAGGACAUGACGCAUGAAUACACAAAUUGGCAGCGUUUCGUCGCAGUCCAAUUAAAUAUUUCAGCGACUUAAUUGAGCCUUUUUUUUGGUACACUUGUGCAUUUAUUAUGACUAUGAGUGCGAUAUUCCUUGCUCAAGCUGAAUAGAGAAACUCCUGGCGUUCGCUCUAAAUCACCUCAAAUGCUGAAAUUGCUCAAUUUCACACCAGAAUUGGUUUGUUUGUGGGUGUUUUCUAUGCAUGUGAAACAACAGAUUUAAACCAAUUCAGAAUUUCUUGACUUCCGUGAACCAACAAAGAUUGCCUUUGAAUUGCUGAGGCUUUAGAGCUUUUUCUAUAUGCAAAUUGCAUAUCCAAAAUUAAAUUGUUUUUAGCUAAAUAUGCGAGCACUCAGUGCAAUGACUAUGUAAUUGAACGGGCAACACUGGGUGAUGGAAAAUAAUCCUCAACUAUUUUCUGACACAUUUUCCUUCUCUCCUCUUUCGCUUAUCAUGACCCAGAGAGAAAAAAAAAUCCACGUGAACCGCGUGGGAUUGCAAGAAAGAAAAUUUUUAUCGAAUAUUUCUUUAUUCAUACGACAAUCAAAUAUGAUUUGCAUCAAAAUUGGAUUUUACUUAUUCAAAAAAUUCGAUGGAGGGUGAAAAUUUAGGGCGACCGACAAAGAGAAAAAAAAAUUAUAUGCAAAUUGACUGGAAAAUAAUGGCAAGAAUGAUUGCAAGAGAAUACCUGAAGAAAGAGAAUGAAUAAACUUUUCUCCGGCAGAUGAUGAAAAAAUUAUUGGUUUGCGAUAUUGGAAUUAUAAAAAAAAAAUAAAAUUUUGUGAAGCUUGGAUUUAUGCAGAUUCAGCUUUGACUGUAACCGAACGUCAUGUUGCUUUUCAUCACAUGUUUUUUUUUGCAAAAAUAUCCACAAAAGGAUGAGAAUAUAUUUUCAUUUACUCUGACAGAGUAAAAAAAAAGUUGAAGUGUUGCAGAAAGAUUUUGACAUAUCAUUUUCGUGAAUAUUCUUAAACAUUUUGUAGCUUAAUAGAGAAAAAAAAGUUAUGAGGAAACAUUUUGCAAAAUUUGUGCUUCCACAUAAUCUAAUAAUAUUUCCUACCUAGAAAUAGAAAGAUUCAGUAUUGUAAUGUAAUAUAUGUAAGCAUUCGAUGUAUGAGAACUCUGUGAUUCUACGGUGAUAGAGAAGAGCGAAGCGGUUUGAAAACUAUACGAUUGUUUAUUGAAUUUCAGUGGAUAUAAAGUGUUUGCGUUUAAAACCGUCUCACUUUUCCCUAUUUGAAAAAGAAAGAAAAAAAAGCUGCUGAAACGUGAAAUAAAUGGUGUGAUAAGUAAAUAGCAGUGAAAGUGAGAAAUGACAAACAAUUUUUAAUGUAAUUUCUGAUUGAGUAACUAAGUAAAGUUAUCUCUAUUCAUAUUUGCUGAGUUUCCUUCUAUUAUCACAAUUAUUAAUUUAUCUUAUCACUGCAUAUCAAAGCAAUUGGAACUUAAUUUCAACAUUGUGGGAGACUUUCAGAGUAUAAGAAGGAGAGAGAGAGAGAGAGAACAUUGCAUGGAAGUUUUAUGUAAAGUCCACAGAGCAAUUUGCUUUACAAAUUUCACUGUUGAUUCUUAAGAGUUGCCAUUCUAUAUUUUCAUGAUCUCUUAGAUGAAAGUGCCCUCGUUGCUAGAGAAAAAUAUCGUUGAGAAUUGUUGGGAACACUUGUUCGGCACUGUUAAAUAUGGAUGAGGAUAGGAAAUAUAUAUUUUUCCCUAGUACGAAGAGGCCCUAAACAAUGGUGAAGAGCAAAAAAAAAAGUAAACGAGAAAAACUAAAGGACAAACUUCACUCUGUUGUUGUUAUAAUCUUCUGAAAAUCUAUUUUUAUUGCAAUAUUGCAGAGAGAGAGAGAAAACAGAGAAACAUACAUUCAUCUAUAUACAAAAAAAAAUAGAAACUAACUGAAAGAAAAUAUAACAAUUAUAUUUUAUUUAAAUAUUAAGGUAUGAAGCAUUAUAUUGUAUCAUUAGAGAUUGAUAAUGAAAUGAGAGAAAGUUGUACAUCUUGCGACUAAAAUGGAACAGAAAUUCUUGUAAUUUAACAAUUGAAAUAUUAGUUGUUAGGAAAUUUUAUUCUUCGCCAGUUAUUUAUCCAUGUAAAUAAAGAAGUAAUUGUAAUAAUAAUAACGAUUUAGUGACUCGAUAGAGAUUCUUUAUCUAAUUUUUCUAUUUCAUUUUACAAAAUCUUUUAAAACUCAAAAUAGAAAUAUUUUCAGUAGAACCAAUAUUGAUGAACAUAGACAGAAAGAAAAAGAAAAAUUGCACUAGAAUAAUUUCUCAAAUUUCUUCUCAAAAAAAAAAUCUCAUAGCAUUUUUUUCUAUGAGCGCAUUUGAAUGUGAGGAUAAUUUUCAAUUUAUGUGUUUCUAUAUUGUUUUUUUUCUAUAUACAUAAAUAUAUAUAAAUUCUCAAGAAUAAGGAAAAAAGCUGUGCAACUGCGAAUAUUCAUGCUUUUUACUUAUUAGUUUUAAUGUUUGGAAAUGAGCACAAACAACAACAGAUUUUAAAGGAAUGUCAAGAAGAUCAAGUGACAAAUUAAUUUAGUUAGUUAUUAAGUGAGAAAAAAAAGAGAGAAACAAAUCAACAUAAUAACCACAAAAUAAUGUAGAAUUCUUUGCCUAUUAAAUGAAAUGAAACAAUUAGACGAGGUGAAAUCUUUCAGUAGAAUACAAAAUUUUUCUAAAAAAAAAACCAAAACCUAAAAUAUAAAUUUAAAAAAGGUGAAACAAGAUAUCUGACAGUGAAGAAGUAUAUUUACCAAUUUAAUCAACGGUAGAACAAAGACAUCAAGUAUAAUUAUUUAAAGAUUUACUAAAAAAGAAAAAAAAAUUGGGUGAAUUAAUUAUUUACCACCUCUCAUGCUGCUAAGUAUCCUGAAAGACAUGAUAAGACAACGUCUCACAAACACAAAGAAAAAUAUGUUUAUCGAAAUGCAUUGAAUAUAUAGUGGAAAAUCCAAAAAGAAUCUAAGAAAAAAAAAUAAAGAAAAAACCUAAUAUACUGACGAGAUCAAAAAAAAGGGGGUGAAGCAAGAAAUAAAGAAAAAAAACUUAUGGCUUAUAUACAUUAAAAAGAAGAUGAAAUAUUAUUGAUAGUGACAAAAUGUAAUGUUAAUUAUUGAAAGAAAGAGAAAAAAAAACAAAAAUGAUGACGUAGUGAAAAUUGAUACUCUUGAGAAAUUACAAGUCUUAUUAGGUCCUAAGCCAUCAAUUGAAGAAAAACCACCAAGAAACUAAUGCAAAAUGGGAGCAGACACUUUUCUCUUCUUUUACAUAUUCAGAUGACGAUUCUUUGUAGUCGACUAGAUAACGUGAAGAAGCGUUACUGUGUGAAGGAAACACUCGCCAUGGUGAAAACGAGAGUGUGAAUGAGCAGAUAGAUAAAGAAAAGAAAGAAAAAAGUAUAUGAUAUUCAAGAGACAGGAACUCCAUGUUGUAUUCCGGAUAGAAACUUCUGGCAGAUUAAGUUUUUCAUCUUGAAUUAUGCUGCAAUCUUGAAGUUGUGUUUUAUUUUCAUUCCUAUGCACAGAAGUUUAAAUGCUUCGAAAUAUAGCCUUAAAGUGUGAAAUAUGUAAAAGCAUUUGUUAGUUAAUUCUUUAUGAUAUUUCUCAAACUUUCUUCUCUGAUCAUCCCAAAUUUAUCCUUUUUGUUUUCCUUGUGUUAAUCGAACAAUAUUCAAUUUUAAUAUAUUUCUAGAUGAAAAGAAGCCAAAUGAAUUUUGUAGAGUUAUUUUUCUUCCUUUCUAAGCUUAAGAAGUAAGGGAAUAGUUUCAGAAUGAUGUCCGAAAUGCCUCUAGAAUGUAGAAUAAACAUAUUUUUCGUAUUGAAUUGCUUGAAAGUGAGAAAACAGUUUCGUCUAGAUUCUGCACAGAGCAUAAAAAUUAUAAGUCAAUUUUACAUAUUGAUGAAUCAGUCAAUUAUCUUGUGCCCUAUGAGUUGUAAAAUGCUUUAUGACUGUUGAAUAAUUUGGGAAACAUUUAUAGGAUGAUUGAGAGACACAGUCAGUUUUGCUUCAGUCAGUUCUUAUCCGGAAUAUAAAUGAGGUUCUUGCGAAGUCUGCAUCUCACAAAAGUGGCAAAAGUGACGAUAAGGGCAAGAGUGUGAUGUGUAAGGGUGAAAAAUGCAAAAAUGUAGAGAUUGAAAAGGAGCUGAUAUAGGAAGAAAUCAAUUUCACUAUCGAUAUAAUUUAGCAGCUCGUAAAACCACUGGCUCUCUAUCAAAAUCAUGACAAGGAGGAGGAGAAGGAGAAGUAUUCGGAAAAGAGACACACCUGCGGGGGUAUUUACUAUAGGGGGUUAUAUUGUGCCAUGGAUUCGCAUCACUUGACGCGAGAGAGAGAAAAGUGUUUUGAGAGAAAACAGGAGAAAUCUCAUAAAAUUGUGACAAAUAAAAUUAUGGUGAACGAUAUUUAUUGAAGGGGGUGGGCGGGUGGGUGAUGGGGGGAUUCUUACAUUGAGAAAAUUUGUCAAGCAGUGAAUAAGAAAUAUAUUUUUGUAGAACUUUCAUAUUCUUUUCUUCUUUGCUAAGGAGAUGCGACGAAAGAAAAAAAGAGACACAAACACACAAAUAUAAACUUUUUCUAUCGUGUUUUACAUGCGAGAUGGACGAGAGACAAGAGCACGAAUGGUGAGAUAAACUAAGGCGAAAAAUAAACAAUUCACAAGAAAUGCCACGGAGAGAAUUUCUACACAUAUAUAUAUUUUUAAAAUGACCUACGCUGAGGACUUAACAGGACGUUGGGUGACGGGAGGGACACGUGAGGUAUUUUAAGAUGUGAACUAAGGAGGAAAUUUCGAAAGGCAAAAAAAAGGGAAAUGUGACAAAUAAGAGGACACAUAAAACAACUAACCUAUACUUUUAUUAUCGUAAAUACAUACUUUUCCUAUUAGUAAGAAAAAAAAAGAAAGAAAAGAAACAUAUAGUGAAGUGAAAUGCAUUUGAUGAAGUGAAAAAAAGUAUUCUUGAAACAUUCCAGGAAUUUUACCUCAAUCGAGUAAAAUUCUCGCACAAGAUAUAAAAAAAAUUUAUUUUUAUGAAAGAAAACCAAAACAAGCACAUCUCUUCCACUCAUAACGAAUUCUCCUUUAAUGAAGUUAUCCCUGGCACAAUAUAUACUUCCCCGGGUGUGUCAUCUUUGGCACUGCACAAGUGGAAUUCUGUAGAAUUAAAUUGCUGAGUAUAUAAAAAAAAGGAUCAUCAUUUAUGAUUUGUCAAUUAAAGAAAUUUUAUUGGGAGAAAAAUUAUAAACACAUUUUUUUAUCUAAUAAAGCGUAUGAAAGCUA